AUGACAAUCACAAUCAUGCUCCUCCUGGCCUUCGUCCUCUGGCCCAUUGCCCACUGCCUACUCCAUACUGCCUCUUCUACGGCCUAUACUAUCAUUACCUACAUUGCCUAUAUUACCUAUAUUGCCUGCUAUCAUCCGGCACAAACCAUCCUAUCCAUCGCAUUCCGCGAUUACUACGCGUCGCACGUCACUAUCGACGCCUCAAGACAUUCCUGCCCAUCCAUGGCACAUCCGAGACCAUUCCUGUCUCUAUCGAUCCACUCGAGCAUCGCUCGCGACACCAAGACCACCAAGCCCGAUACUCUCCCGACUCAAAUGGGAACCACUCCUGGAACAUGA